CCUCGCUGUGUGUUCUUCCAGGAGACCCAGGACCCCUCCGCUGUGCUCUGGUUGGAUGAGAUCCAGGGCGCCAUACUGAUGUCCAAUAGAUACCCAGGAGGCCUUGCAGUUCUCCCAGGCCAUCCAGACCAUCAACAGGCGGUGGACAGUGGCGAGGCGCCUAAACCCUGGCUGCUCUGCGCUCCCCUGGGGCCGGCCUCUAGGAGUCACCCCUGAGUGUGCCCAGAACUACCAGGACGACCUGGCCAAGAUCAGACAGGACAAGACCCAGGAUGGUGACAACGGCAGUGACUGGAUGAAGCACUGGGUGAAGGGAGGACACAACUACUACUACAACCUGAAGACAGGAGAGGGCUCCUGGACUGAACCUGCAGACUUCCUCCAGAACAACACCCAGCUCAACAAGGAGGACAUCCAGUCUGUGGUUUCCGGGGUGACCACCACUACCAACCGGGAGCAGCUGUGGCUGGCCAAUGAGAGCCUGAUUGCCAAGCUGCAGGCCGGAUGCCGUGGCUACCUGGUGAGGAAAGGCCUGAAGGAGAGAAAAGACUUCCUGAAAUCCCAGGACCCUGCCAUUACCACCAUACAGGCUCAUUUUAGAGGCUACAAGCAGAGGAAGGUCUAUAUAAAGAGGAAGGAGUACUUGAAUGACCACAGCGAGGAUGCUGUAAAGAUCCAGUCGAUGGUGAGGAUGCACCAAGCUCGCAAGAAGUACAGAGACCGCCUUAAGCACUUCAAGGACCAUAUCAAUGAAGUGGUGAAGAUCCAGGCGUUCAUCAGAGGCCAACAAAGCCAGAGACGACUACAAGACACUCAUCAACGCUGAUGACCUCCCAUGGCGGUGGUGCGGAAGUUUGUCCACCUCCUGGACCACAGUGACCAGGACUUCCAGGAAGAGCUGGACU